AUGGAAACUAUGGGGAAUGAAAGUGGCAUAGACUCUGAAGAAAGACAAACGUUGAACUGGCCCAUUAUUACAACUCAAGAAUCAUCAUUACAAUCGCAAAAUAAUUCACAUUUUCAGCAACAGAAUGUAACAGCUGACGAACAUAUUAGAUUUGGUUCUUAUGUUGUCCUUCGACAUAUAACCACGUCAAGAUAUUUAAGUGGAUCACCUAACAAUAACGAGACAUCAACUAAUAAUGAAUACAAAGCUCAGAUAUUUGCAUCUCGGUUAAAAUCAGAAAAUGAAUUGUGGACGGUUAUUCAAGCUUACGGUGAACGACGGUCGAAAGUGGGAGAGGUGGUUCCGUUUAACACUCAAAUACGACUCAAGCAUAUAAAAUCACAACGUUUUCUACGCUCACAUCCAGACUAUAAUGCUCCAAUUAGUAAUCAACAAGUAAUUUGUCAAGGUGAUCAACGUGUCAGUGAUUUGAACGAUAACUGGCAUGUUCAAAGACACAGCUACACUAACAAUUACGAUAAUUCUGGAUAUUGGCUAAUUGGCGAUAUAAUUACUUUAAGGCAUAUUCAAACUGGAGCUACUCUUCACAGCCAUAAAAUAAUGCUAGACGAUGAUAAACAAGAAGUAACGUGUUAUGGACCAGGACAUGAGGAAAACGAUAAG